AUGCCGGCUCUUCAAGUUCCGCAUCACAGUCCCGUGGCGACGACGGCAGCAACAUCUCCGUGGGCCCCGUCGAGACAAGCGCAAUCAGACACUGAGCUCCUUACCCAUGUAAUUGCUCUUGUAUCAUUAAACGGCUCCUCAGAGCCCAAAUACCUCGGACCUUCAAGUGGAUUUUCUUUUGCAAAGCUACUAGCCAGUCCGGGGCUAAGACUGGAACAGCAAAUCCACGACGCAGAUAAGCUAGAUGCUGAGGCCAAAGCGUUAUUUCGGGCAGAAUGCCAUGCCGUACCUCUUCCCCCGUUCCACGAAGCUGCGAUGCUUGCCGAGGCUUUCUUCGACGAGGUUCAAUGGCAGUAUCCGUUCCUACACAAGGCGUCGUUCCUAUCUUCCCUGCGUGAAGUAUACGAUGCCAAAAGCCAAGGUCAAGGUCAAUCUAGGGCCGGGAUUGGGUCAGAUGUUGCUAAUAUUCAUUUUCAAACCUUCCUGGUGCUUGCCGUCGGUGCGUCUACCCUUUCAAAGGCAUCUGGCAUGGCUGCAGAAGCUGGGAAUUACUACAUGUCGGCAAUGCAAUAUAGCGACAAAGCGCUAUACAAUGUUUCUCUGGUUACAACACAAAACCAUCUUCUUUUAGCAAUCUGUAUUGACUUGGGUCUCCACCGCGAUGUUGGCCCACGCCAAGAGAGCUUGCCAAAAGAAGCCAUCUUAAAGGAAGAGAUGCGAAAGAGGGUUUUCUGGAGCUGCUACUGCCUCGACAGGAAUGUGGGCACUGCUCUCGGACGGCCACUCGGGAUCAGGAAUGAGGCCUGUGAUGUGCCGGAUUUCGCAGGACCCGGACAGAAUUCCGUGGCCAUCAAAUCUGCACGCGUGGAGAGACAGAACAUAUAA